CAAUAAAAUUAUUGUGCACUUCUCCCAAUCAUAAACAGUGAAUUGAUAUAAAAGCAACUGUACAAUCACACCUCAGUAAACUUUAUGAUAUUGACAUGCAGAGAAACGCAAUUGUGAGCAUGAAUAUUCUUGUGUUCACCCUUUUUAAGUGGUUUCUUUGUUGGGAGAUUGCAUCUACAUCUGAAGCAUACGCCAAAACAGUUGAAAACCUUUUCACUGAUUCUCAAGACAGGACUAUAAUCUCGUUUUUAAGGGAUGAGGUUGAAUUUAUUUGCAAUAGUGAUUGUCUUUUAUCAUUUUGGAUCAUCAAUGACCUGUACUACUAUCGAAAUAACCCAUUACCAGAAGGAUAUGUUUUUCAUUAUCCUUCUACAUUGAUUGUGGAUACUAUUGCUGCAUCAGUGAAUAGAACAACGUAUCAGUGCGUUGCCUGUAAUACUUUAAGUUCUACACUUACUCUACAUUUACAAGAAAGAAAUGGCAUCAGUACAACAUUUCGAAGCUACUACCAAACAACUUCACAUUUAUCCGAGUCAACAAUAAUACCUAGAGUACCAAUUAGUUCUGGAUUUGGUUCGACCAGCAAUAUUGAGCUAGCUAGAUCUAUAUCAUUGAGGCCAAGCUUUACAGUAAUUCGGCAGAGUACUAGAUCUACUGCACCUAUAAGAUCUAGUAAUCAUCAGAAUGCAAGUCAAAGAGUAAGCACAACACUAACGUGCUCAGGGAGGUGGGAUUGCCAAUUUCAUAACGAAACUUUUUCCGGGAUUGGAUUGAUUGCUGGCACAAUAAGCUCUGCAAUACUCAUAUUUUGCACGUUGUCAUGUCUAGUAACAAUAAAAAUUUACCGCAAAAAGAAAGAAAUCCCAAAUGACUUAACAGAGAAACAUGUAUAUGAAGAGCUGCAAUUGCCGGAAGUGUCAGAGCCUGUCUACUGUGAAGUCCAAAAUAUUACAAAAAUGACUGAGAACGAGUGUUAUGGUGGAUCGAAGCGUAAUGAACUUCACAUUGAAUCAUGUCCAGCAUAUCAGUGA